AAAAGUAAAACCAGCAUACCAAUGGUUAUCUAACGGAGAGUUGGACGGGGGAAGGCGACAUAUACGUUACGGAGACGCUUACAACGACAAUCGGGGAACAGCAGUUAUUUGUUGAGUUUUUCUUGACAAAUCCAAUGGAACAAACUGAACAGACUAGAUGCAGAGAGCUGGCGAAAUCGUCUAUAUUUUACCGCACAGUGUACUCUGAGAUAGAAGAGGUUGGAUGGGAGCAUCUGGUGAGAUUGGGUGAAGAUCUGACAUUUCUUAGCUUUCGCAUCUUAGAUGAGAAGGGCAGACUGCACUUUAUGGAAAUUCAAUUGGAUAUAGCCUAUCCCAAAAGUCCACCAUCUGUAUCAGCGGAUUUACCAUAUAUUUUUGACUUACAAUGGUCAAUAAACUCAAGAUUAAAGGAUGUGGUGCAGCAGUUUCGAAAGCAUCUGGAGAAGCUUCAGGAAUUUUGGUCUAUUUUGGAUGAUAUUGACAAAUCUCUCUGCGUUGUUGACCCUAAACAGCCUUCUCGUUCAAUGUCCCAUCGCCAAAUCAAAAUACGAAACGAUUGCUUCAUUGUGUUGUCUAUAAAUGCCAACAAUCCUAGAUCUUUACCGGAGUGUCGUUUUAUGGGUUCAGGUCCAUUUGUGGAUUCAUUGAGAAAGCUAUGGCAGAGAAAUAGCAGAAAAUGGGCAAAGGACAAACCAUACUUGGAAAAUCUUACAUGUCUUCUGGAGACUCAACUGCCAAGGCCCACUGAUGGACAGACGAAUAACCAGCAAGUUGAAUGUGGAAUUUGUUAUGCACAAUGUCUUCCUGUUGAUGAUGAGCUGGGAGCUAAGAGUGGAAGCGGAACUGACUAUACUUGUGACAAUUCCACUUGCAGUAAGGCUUUCCAUAGUGUUUGUCUUGGGGACUGGUUACGUUCAAUUACCACAACAAGGCAGUCAUUCAACGUCCUUUUUGGGAAUUGUCCAUACUGUUCAGAGCCCGUUGCUGUGAAAAUCAAUAACGCUAAAAUGUAAAUUCUGUGUCUUCAACAAGGUUAAAUCUUUCUUCUCCAAAUGGUGUAGUAUACAAAGACCAAGACCAGAAACUUGCUCUUGUUGCAGGCAUCUUUCAACAAGGUUAAAUCUUUCUUCUCCCACUGCAGCAACAAAAUUACUUUUUCAUUUUAUUCAUUAACAAUGUCCAGUAGAUCAAUGUUACAUUGUGGUUGCAUCCGAUGUAAGCUUAGUUCUUACCCACCUGUACUAUACUUAAACUAUGACCUGCUAUGCAACAACGAUAUGUGGCUUUUUUUUUUUCCUUUUUUUCUUUUUUUUCUGAGCAAUACAUGGGAAAGGGAAAACUAAGGAGAGAAUCACUGGGGAUGAGGGGGGAAAUGCUUCCAAACACACGGUGAAAAGUGGCCCCAUUUAGCUAUUUGGUGUGCUCUAAAAUUGGUACAUCUUGAAACUUUUACUAGCUGA